AUGUCGAUGAAAAGAGCAGCUUCAGAUAGUGGGGGCACCAGGAAGGCCCCUAGAGUAUCUCCAGAGCCGAGUAAGGGGAGCCUCGGCUAUUCGAUUGAUACAGUACCGUCAGAGGAUCCUACGGAGGACAGCUAUGAUACAGAUCCGUCAGAGGAUCCUACGGAGGACAGCUAUGAUACAGAUCCAUCAGAGGAUCCUACGGAGGACAGCUAUGAUACGGAUCCGUCAGGGGAUCCCACGGGGGAUAGUUAUGACACAGACCCAUCGGAGCAUUCUUCUGGGACAACGGAGGAAGAGACUUCUGGGGAUACACCAGCUGCUCCUGUGAUGGAGCGCUAUGUCGGACAGGCCACCUCUGAAAGUGGCACGGACUACUCCUGUCCAUUGUCCUGGCCAUCAGUGAACCAGGAAUCGCCUGGCUAUCUGUACUCCUCCGAUUCGGAUGCGAGAAACGACGGGAGUCAAACGAGCGGGGGACAGACAGAUGAGGAUGAGGAGCACACUUCACAUGGCAGCUCCCCGGAUCAGGCCUGA